AUGUUGACUGCUCGUGCAAGAGAGUACUCCCCUCAUCCUGCUCGCCUGAAGUCCCCUCGGCCUCGCUGCCGACGGCAUCCCCGGAUCUCAAUGCUUCGAGACUGUGCUCCGUAUAUCCACCACGGAAUUAUGACGGUGACGUUGCUCCAGUGUGACGGCGUCAAGAUGAGCCUCUUCCAGGACCUCAAACUUAAGCGCCGCAAAGUAGACUCCCGGUGCAGCAGCGACGGGGAGAGCUUGGCCGAGACCUCGUCCUGCUCGCCGGACUCCGGGUCUUCUGGCGCUGAGACCUCAUCCUGUAGUCCUAUCCAGCCGCCAGCAUCUUACCUGCCGUCGGGGUCGCCUCGGUCCUCGCCGCACCCACAGCCACGGAUCCACGAGCGAUCAUCCCCAGACAGUGCAGGAGACGAGUUCAAUGAGGUUAAAAGUAGUGCAGAGUGUGGCCAGGAGGAUGACACCCAGGACGCCCAUGUAUUUGACGGCGGUGGCAGACAGCCGGUGUCCUCAUCGGGUACACCGCACCAGUCGGGAACUCACAUGAGCGUAGAAACAGUUCACAGGAGUGAAGAGGAUUUACCAGAACGAAUGUCCACCACACCACCUCCAGCUGAUACCAGUGAACACAUACAGGAAGUUACAUCAGUAUCUACACCUCUUCCUCCACCAUUAGUAUCGUUAGGACCACCUCUAACCUCUUUAGGGGGAAUGCCUCCCACACCUUACACCCUGGCCGCCACAAUGGCCGGACUGGCGCCAGGAGUUUCCAGCACGCCUGUUGGGCUGCGUUGUGGAGCACCAGUGAGCACCGGCCCUCCCUACUGGGGUGGAGCUGCUAACCGCAUUAAUGGUGUCAGACCUGAGCUCAUUAGUGGAGGAAUUGUACAACCUACGCCCUCCACUCAAGUAGCUGCUGCCGCUCCUGCUGACUCAAGCAGAGCUGGGUAUUCCCCUCGCCUCCGCACCCCGACAGUUAUAAUGGGAGAAGCAGGUGGGGUCAAGACCAUGUUCUGGACUGCACCAAAUGAAUCACAGACUCCAGCCUCUCAAGCACCCCGUGAGGUGCUUGGUCCUGCCUCUAACUGUGGCUAUGGUGCUGAUACUAGUGAUGCAGUGCGUGCCUCUGUAGAUGGUCUCCUGUCAUUAGGUCAGGAUAGAAGAGGAUCUCCACCCCAACUUUCCCCGUCAAGUACGCUCUCACUCUCACCCGCUGCCCGUUCUCCCUUAACUCCAAGUGCAAGAUCUCCUCAUGCUCCAACCCCAGUCUCACGCUCUCCAUACACAGUUGCUCCAUCCUCCCCUGGUUACCAGGUUGUUAGAGGACUCGGAUCACCACAGAGCUCUCCCAGUGAAUUGCAGCUCCUCCACAAUUCACCCUACAUUCAUUCUCCAAGUAAUGCUGAUACCCAGCGACACCCAUCCACUCCUCUCAACAUGGAACGGUUAUGGGCAGGAGACAGAAGUCAGCUGCCUCAGACGCAGCCAGACUCCCCAGCAGCUAUGAACCUCUCAACAGUUGGGAUGUGGGGCUCCCGUACCAAUGGGGUGGAAGGUGCCACCAGUGCGCCUGCUCAGCCUGCUCCAGUUGAAGAGGACGAAGAAGACCAGCCGAUGAUUUGCAUGAUCUGUGAGGAUCGUGCAACUGGCCUCCAUUAUGGCAUCAUCACUUGUGAAGGAUGUAAAGGCUUCUUCAAGCGGACAGUGCAGAACAAGAGGGUGUAUACCUGUGUUGCGGAUGGAGACUGUGAAAUUACAAAGGCACAGCGCAACCGCUGUCAGUAUUGUCGCUUCCAGAAGUGCCUACGUCAAGGCAUGGUCCUUGCUGCUGUCAGAGAGGACAGGAUGCCAGGUGGUCGUAAUUCAGGAGCAGUUUAUAACUUAUACAAGGUAAAGUACAAAAAGAAGAAUAAAAAGAACGGACAAAUGAAGCAAGGGAGCAGCUCUCCCGACAAGAAGGUGGGACUCGACCCGAUCAUGAUGGCCGGGACGACGUCGUUAGCCACCUCCCUACCCAUGCCGAUUUCCACCCCGCUCACAUCUCCCCCGAUUACAUCACCCAUUACAAGCGGCCUCAACAGCGGACACAUACUGAAAGCAGCCCUUACCAAUCCCGCUGAGGUUGCACAUUUCCGUCAUAGACUAGAUAAUAAUGUGACAUCAACUAGAGAGCGCGUAACACCCUACCCUGUAGCUCAGGCUAUGAUCCGGAUGCUUAUAGAGUGUGAUGACUUUGAAGAUAUUGCCACGUUAAAAAAUCUAGAUGAUUUACUGGACCACAAGAGUGACCUGUCCACCAAACUCCGACAUCUGGGUGACUCAAUUUCUAUAAAGUUGGUGCAGUGGACCAAACGCCUUCCCUUCUACCAGGAACUUCCUGUAGAGGUUCAUACAAGACUAUUAACACACAAGUGGCAUGAACUUCUGGUGCUGACAACCUCUGCUUAUCAGGCUAUUUAUGGGCUAGAGAAAUUAGCAUCAAGAUCCUCAGAUGGAACUGAAGCAGAAUUCCAUCAAGAGGUAUCCAACAACCUUUGUACUUUACAAACUUGCUUGAAUUCCAUGAUGGGAAGACCCAUCACAAUGGACCAGCUACGCCAGGAAGUUGGUGUUAUGGUUGAGAAAAUUACUCAUGUGACGCUAGCACUCCGCAAAGCAAAGAUCAGAAUUGAGGAAUAUGUGUGCCUCAAAGUCAUUGCCAUGCUUAACCAGUCACGGAAUAACCAUAAGGAACUAGAAGUGAUCCAGGACCGAUACAUGAACUGCCUUCGCUCCUUCUGUGAAACUCACUAUCCCUCCCAACCCACCAGGUACCAGGACCUGCUAGUCAGACUUCCGGAUAUUCAAGCCGCUGCAGCUAAGCUGUUAGAAACAAAAAUGUUAUACGUCCCCUUCCUCUUGAACUCUACAAUCAACAGAUAGCAAUAAACAGAUGGUUGGUUCUUAGAGCAAGUCAUCUGUGAUGCUGCUUGUAGUGAACCACAUGCCGUCCUGUCUCUGCUGUGGUCAGCAGCCAUGGGGGGCUGCCACCACUCGCAUCACCACAUCUAGCAGCCGCCCACAUCAUGGCUUUUCACAUGAUCAGCACAUGAAUGUUACCAAUGUCUGCAAGAAGUGUGUUGUUUAUGAAGUGACAAUCUAGCCAGAGCAUUUAUUUUGCUAAAGGAAAGCAACAGUUGUUUUUUUCCUGUGGUUGUGCAACCAGUUUACCUGUGAUGGGAAAUGUACCAGUUUCUGAGCAAUUUAUGUAUAAUUUCUUGUAAAGAUUAUAUAAAACUUUAUUCAGACAUUUUACCAAAGGCUUUCUUUAUUAGACUUAUGGGUAUGUACUAGGAUUAGAAAAGGAAAUCCUAAGACACCACAAUCAACAGAGAUACUUAACGGCUGUGUGACUGAUAAGUUGUGCAAUUAUUUGCGGUACAACUUCCCUUCCACUGCUAUUUUUCACCACCGUAUAUAAAGUUUUCUUACUAGUCGCAGAACAUUGAGUCUACUUAUUCGGAGAAUUCUAGUUUUAUGGUGUUCUCAAGAGUGUGACCAAGCACAAGACAGUGUAGGGUGGUUUCCCAAGAGAGCCCGAAGUAGGGAACGGAAAGCAACAUGUAGGUGCAGUAUGGUUGAUGGCUGGGAGUGUGAUCCUCGGCUCCCUCGUGUGAAGUCACAUGACUGUGUUCUGCUCUGUGUUAGGGAGUACUUAUAUGAGUACCUGCAAGGAUGGGCUAUCAGACUCGUUCACUACGUUAACAGUAUUGUAUGAACGACCACUUUUAGUAUUACCGACAGUAACAAGGAAACAGUUCCUAGAAAGAUCCUACUAACAGUUUUCACUGCACUGAUCUCGUAAGUGCAAACAGUUAUUCAGAAUGUCAUGUGACAAACACAUCACUUUUAGAUUUUAAGGUUUAUACAGAAGAUUUGUAUCUCAGAGGCACAUGUCUCCUUCUUGUCCUGUGCUGCCAUAUGACAAUGUACCGUUUAUACCUUUAAUAAGAAUGGAUAAUUCUUAGAAAUAAUAUAUGGGAAAAAAUCUUUUAAUAAGAGUACAUGUUUUGUAAAUACACUUUUGCAGAUGAACCUUUUUGUUUGUACAGUUUUCGGUACUAGAGCUGGUGUAUGUUGUGAAGGUGUGAGUGUGCAGGUCUGUGUUUGCCAAUACUGGCAACAGGCCGAGGCAGCUUACAGAGUGCUCAUUAUAAAUGGCAUUUUCCCCCAAAGUCUCAUUUUUUGCAUAUUUAUAUAUUUUACUUUUUAUUUAUAUUACCUUUUUCAUAAGUCAUACUUGUUACCAAUGUGAAGAGAACUAGUUGGCUGUAAGUUAUUCCUAGUGAUUGUUUAUACUAAUCAGAUUCCAGUGAAGAGACAACCCAAGCCAUUGCAGCUAUGAUCCAAGUAUCUGUAGACUUUUAAUAUUAGAAUAAUUUAAUAUAUUUUCUUAUUACAAAUGAAAUCGAAUGUUUUUAUUUGCUGUGUUGACUCUUUGGUGGAUCCCUUACACUGGAAAGAAAUGCCAGUAUAAAUAAUCCUGAAACAUAUAGUGAUGAAACUCUAAAAUUAGGUACAAUAUUUAUAGUAAUGUUUUUUUAAGCAUAAUGUUAUGGUGAUUUGAGUUCGCAUCCAAGAUGUCACUUCCAGAGACUGUUAAGUUACCAAUGGCUGCGAAAAAGAUCUUAUUAAAGAGAAUUGCCAAGGUCUUCAACCUCAUUCGCGACCAACCUCAACUCUCCUGAUAUGAAAUAACAUAAUGAACAGUAAGUGAUUGGUAUAAGGGGGUUAGUAGCAUUAUAGUGGCUUAAACUAGUCUUUGAUCUCACUUGUGUUUAUCUUUUUUUAUCUUUCUGCAUCUCUUCUUCUAUCUCUCUGUCUCUCUUUCAAUAUAUGUGAGAGCAAUGCUUGCACAAGAAGAGUCUGAGGUUUGUGAUGAAGUUGGAACCCAAAUAUUGUUGGUAAUAUUCAGGCAGCCGUGAGCACACUGUAAGCUGACUCCUUAGUGUAGUCAGGCAAUCAAAUUUGUUGCUUCUAUAUUUAAUGAAAUAAAUAAUUGAACUUUUA